GCGGCGGCGGGAGAGGGGUCCGGAGGCGGGGCCGGGGCCCGCGCGGGCCGACACCGGAAGCUGAAGCUGCUGAUGCCCGACUCCCGGCCCGUGGACAAGCCCCCGCCUUCAGUGUGGUCGCUGCCGAAGAAAGGGCCCCCUUCGGUCCGCACGAAGAAGCUGAAGCCACUGUUGCCAGGCCCCCGUUCCUUGAAGCAUCUGCUGUUGCCGAAAAACAUUCAUUCAGAAUUUAUGACCAGGAGAAGGACCGUGAAGGUGACAAAGCCCCGUUACGACGUGUCUCUGGUUUAUUUGACCCGAAAAUUUAUGGAUCUUAUCAAGUCUGCUCCCGAUGGUGUUCUUGAUUUAAAUGAGGUGGCAACAACCCUGAGAGUACGGAAACGAAGGGUGUAUGACAUCACCAACGUAUUAGAUGGGAUCAACCUUAUUCAGAAAAGAUCCAAAAACCUAAUCCAAUGGGUAGGAACUGAUCUUGACAAUAUGGGAAGAAGAGUUCUAGAGUAUGAGAAACUAAGAGAUGAACUUGCUGAUCUAUCAACAAUGGAAGAAGCUCUGGAUGAGUUAAUUAAGGAUUGUGCCCACCAACUAUUUGAAUUAACAGACGACAAAGAAAAUGCUAAGCUAGCCUAUGUGACUUACCAAGAUAUCCAUAGCAUUCAGGCCUUCCAUGAACAGAUUGUUAUUGCCGUCAAGGCUCCAGAAGAAACCAAACUGGAAAUUCCAGCUCCCAAAGAAGAUUGUAUAGAAGUACAUAUAAAAAGCACAAAAGGACCUAUUGAUGUCUAUUUGUGUGAAGUGGAGCAGGGUAAUCCAGGUUCCAAAACAUUUGAAAACAUGGAGACCUCACCGUCAUCGGAAAGCAAGUCUGCAGUACACCUGGACCAUGACUGACGUUUUCCAUAGCUUGGAGUGGAAAACUACAAUGCAUCAUUUAUGUACACUGGAGGACCCAUUUGGUGGGCUAGUUGGGCCUUCUUCCUAUAGUGUCAAACUAAUGCUUGAAGUGUGAGUCUUCAAGCAAUAGGACAGUUACGGGUGAUCUGCCCUGAUGACAUUUAUGAGGGUGUUUUGGGGGGGUUUUUUUGUUUGGUUGUUUUUUUCCCCCAGUAGCUCAUGUGUAUCCAGUUGCAUUAGCUUGCUCUUUGGGCAGAUGAGAACAGUUUAGUUUAAAAACGUGUGAAUAUGCAAUCUAGCACUGAAGAUGUGAAGGUGAAUUUACUUUGGGAAACUGAGGGGCUUUCUACUGAAAUUGUUUCUUUAUCAAAUAUGCUGUCGUGCAGAGUAGGUUGCCAUGCCACUAAAAUCAUGGACAGUUGUGAUAUAGAAACAUUUGUCUUUCAUUGAUUUUUUUUUUCUUCCCCUUGGAGGAAGUGUGAAUCACACUGAAUGGAAAUACACGUUUUAAUGUGUUUACUACUUGCAUUCAGCUGUUUAAAGAGUAAUGGUGUGCACGAUAAAAUUUAACAGGAGUAACUUUUGUAAAUAUCUGUAUAUAGUUUAGGUGACCCAGGGAAAUUUUUUGAAAAGAGCAAACAUAUUUUUGCCUUGUACAGCCAAGAAUAAAAUGUAAAUAUUAAAAAUAAUUCAAUUAAAUUAGCCUGAUUCCAA